AUGGAGUGUGCUGCAGCCGACCCGCAGUGUUUGAAGUCUCUAGGCGAGGCAGCGGCAAAAGAUGUGGACUUCCUCAUCUCCAACUUGGAUGGCAUCGCUGAACACCAUCUGUCUCAUCUCCUGCAUCAGUUGAAGCAUGGCAUUCAAUUUGGAGGCACUUUCCGCAGCGUCAGUUUUUACCUGUUCAGUGCUGUGCCGGCGGGAGCGGCAGGAUCAGUGGGCCAUCCCAAGGAGGCCGGAGCUGCAGAGCAAAGAGCGGGCGACGUUGGCGACCUGCUCUUCAAGGAGGCGGCGGAGCAGACACGGCACGGAAUCCUGAUCCUGCAGUUGACGAUCGGCUACUUGGGGUCGCAGGCCUGUGCCCGGGACUUUGGCUUCCUGCGCAGGCCCGAGCUCGUGCACGUCUUAGUCUUCGGUGACAACGGGCCACAGGUUGUCAGUUGGCAAGAGCUGCUGGAGAGCCCCGGAAUCUUCCGGCGAGCUUUGGGACUGUGCUUAAAGGGCAAGGCAAAGCUCGUCGGCGCAGCCGAGUCGGAGGCAAAGUUCGUUAGACGCGCCCGCGUUGUUCGCCAGCCGGGGGAUGGCUCAUGCAUGUUCCACUCGGUGUCGUAUGGACUUGGCGACGGAAGCACAGCCGGGUCACUGCGUAAGAGCGUGGCUGACACCAUCGCCGCAUACCCCAACAUGCAAAUCCUGGAGACACCCGUAGCAGAGUGGAUCCGGAUGGAUGCCAACGUCGAUGUCGGCUCCUAUGUCCAAAGCCUCCGGGGCGGCGCCUGGGGCGGCGGAAUCGAGCUGGCCGUUCUUGCACAGAUGAAAAACAUCAGCAUUGAAGUCUAUGAAUCUCGCCGCAGAGGGUACGCCCGCAUUGCUCGAUUCGGCUCAGGUGGGAAGGUUUUGUGA